CCCUGAGCUCACAAGUGCUCCCCACACCCCCACCAUGGACGACGUCGUGUAUGGCAACAUGGGCAGAGGACUCUGGGAGGACCCCACAGUCUCCAGGCAGAAAUGCAGGAGUCCAGCCCCCAGUCCCUGUGCAGAAGGCACCUCAGGGCCCCAGCAAUGCUGGGGACGCAGAACCGUCCUGGUAGCCCUGGGUCUCUCGGCCACCGCAGUCCUGUGUGUCAUCAUUCUGAGCGUCCUGCUGGCGAGGGUCAGCCAGAGUCUGACCAGUACGAGGAAAGACCUCAAGGACUUCCGCGCUGAGCUGUCCCUGGCGACUGGGCCUCAUAACCGCUCCUGCCAGCUGUGUCCUACAUGGUGGCUGCCCGCCCAGGGCUCUUGCUACUUCUUCUCCCAGGGACAAGCCACGUGGGCUGAGGCCCAGCGUCUCUGCUUGGCAUCCGAGGCUCACCUAGUGGUUGUGGGGGACCUGGAAGAGCAGAACUUCCUAAAGGAAGCCAAUAGAGACCACAGUUACUGGCUGGGGCUGAAGGCUAUCCGCCACUCAUCUGGCAACAUUCAAUAUUACCAGUGGGUGGAUGGCACCCGGCUCAAUCUCAGCCACUGGAGCCCGGGGGAGCCCAAUGAUCAUAAGAAUGCUGAGAGCUGCAUUGAGAUGAUAAAAACAGGGCUGUGGAAUGAUGCCUUCUGUCAUAAUAAUAACAGCUGGAUUUGUGAGAAGAUGCCAAAAUGCUGACACACACACCCUUCCCCCAGCACCUUUUCCCUUACCCAACCCAGCCCUGUCCAGCUGUGUUCUGGACUUCUGCUCUGACCUCCCUGAGUUCCCACCACCACCACCCCAGGGCUCCCUGAGUCUCCAAACUCACAGCCAAAGUCAGAGGAUCCAGGGAUGGGUGGUAUUUCUGGCAUUAUGGUAUUUUCUGCAGCUGGGAAGUCCACCGAGAUUUGUGAAACAACCCUGAGGGCCAGGAAGGCUGUGGUACUUAGACACAGAUGGAAUACUAUACAGCUGAUAAAAAGAUGAAGUCAGCUCCUUCGAAAUGUCUUGGUCAGAACUUGAAGGUAUUAUGUGGCGUGAGACAAGCCAGAAAGAGAAAGAUCAAUAUUGAAUCAUCUUACUUAUAGGUGGAACUGAAGAAUAAAGGGCAGUGAAGGAAAGCAUAGAAUGAGGGACCAG